CGAGAACAGUCUCGCGUCACACGCAACUGACAUUUCAAUCUGACAGCCCGGCUGCCCAUCACGCGCCCUUCAAAAAAACAUAGUUCGCGAAUUAAGAAGUAACCGUAAUCGAUUCAGAUAAAUAUUAAUGUGGAGACUGUGUUCCAUUCAAAUUGCGCUGACAACAUCUUGUACUGUAUACAUUUGUGCACUGUGCUGUAUAAUGUAUUGAGAGACUUUUAAUUGGUUCCGUACAUUGUGGAUAAAAUGGCUUUUGAAGACCGCUGCAGUCCUAACCAGGCGAACAGCCCUGGGCCUGUGACGGGAAGAGUUCCUGCUCCUCAUGCAGAGAACACGAUGAACUACUGCCCCCAAAGUCAGUAUACUUGCACAACUAUAGACUCAAGGUAUGAACGUACCUCCCCUAACAUGAUGAUAGUCAAAGUGCAGCCAAACUCUCCCCCACCAAGUCCUGAGAACCAAAACGAGAUGGACAGCUUCCAGAACUACUACCGACCAGAUACGCCUGACGUUAAACCGCAAAUCAACCAAGAAGACCAGAGAUUUGAUGCAGAAAAAUUAAGAAUUCAACGGCCACAGCCGUCGGUGCCUAUAGCGUUCUCAAUUAAUAACAUUUUACACCCUGAAUUCGGUUUGAAUGCGUUGAGAAAAACGAAUAAAAUUGAGGGUCCGAAGCCAGUUGGGCCUAACCACAGCAUUUUAUAUAAGCCUUAUGAUCUUUCAAAACCGCAGAAUGAGUUCCAAAAAUACAGCUUUGACUACCUAAAAUCUAAAGAGUCAGAAUUCAGUUCUUUACCUCCUUUGGGGGGAUUAAGACAGACAGUUUCCCAAAUAGGGGAACAGGUACCCAAAGAGAGAGAGUUGCCGAAAAUUAUUGAGAACCAGAAGAGGCCUGAUUCUGCUAGUUCCGUGGUCUCUUCAACUUCGAGUGGUGCUCUGUCCACUUGUGGCAGUACAGAUACGAACAGCCAAUCGGGAAAUGGUACAUUAUGGCCAGCAUGGGUAUAUUGUACCAGGUACAGCGACAGACCCAGUUCCGGUCCAAGAAGUAGAAGAAUGAAGAAGAAAGCCACUCCUGAAGAGAAGAGGCCCAGAACUGCUUUCAGUGCUGCCCAACUCGCUAGAUUAAAGCACGAAUUCGCAGAAAACCGCUACCUAACCGAAAGAAGACGUCAAAGCCUGGCCGCAGAGCUAGGCCUAGCUGAAGCCCAAAUCAAGAUCUGGUUCCAGAACAAACGAGCCAAGAUCAAGAAGGCUACUGGUCAGAGGAACCCGUUGGCUCUGCAGCUGAUGGCCCAGGGUCUGUAUAACCACUCCACAGUCACUGAAAGCGAUGAGGAGGAAGAAAUUAAUGUUACGUAAGCCGAUGUGGUAUCAGAAAAAUUGUGCGGUUUGUGAAAAUUUGGAGGUGUGAUGAGGAAUUUCGGAAAAUGCCUUUGGUAUUGUUUUUUUGAAAUAGUUGUCAAUUGUUUUUUUGAGGGUUAAAUGAAAUAUGAAAAAUAUUUGGUGGUCAUUUUUUGGAAAUUGAAUUCCUUGUCAAAAUUGUAGUACUGAGUAAAAAAGACGUAAAAAUAUAAAAUGAGAAAUUAUGUAAAGGAAAUAAUUUUCAGAUUUUAAAUGGAAAGAAGAAUCUCAUUUUUAUUUGAAAAUCAUUAAAAGUUAUGAUUUUAAUCAGAAAAAGCGUCCAUAAUUUGGAAAAUAUAUUGUAAAAAUGCCAUAUUGAGACUAAAUUAAGAUAUAAAACUAGUAGAUGCGGAUUUCAAUAAAUGAACUAUCCGCUGUUUUGAGAUUGAAUUUUGGUGUUGGGUGUGUCGUACCUAAUCACAUUAAAUUAAAUACUUUAAUAUACUGGUUAAUAUAUGUCGAUUAGCACAAAGACAAAAAAAAAUAUGUAAAAAAAAUCAAACAAAGUAAAUAGAAUAACAAUGUGCAAGAAUUAGAACACCAUAUAAGUGUACACUCUAUCUCUGCUUUACACAUGAUGUUGUAAAUUAUGAAAACGAAAAAUGACCUCUGUGGCUAAACCACUGAAUGGAUUAGGUUAUUUUUUUACAAUUCGCCACAGAAUAUCAUAAAGCAUAUGUGAUAGGAUUUAAUGUGAUUAGGUACGACAAAACCGAUAUAUGUUUUUGUCUAAUCGAAAAACUUGGAUUGGUUAUUGAAAUCCACAGUAAAUUAAGCGUAAAAUAAAGAAAAUGUUCCUGGUAGUGUAAAUAUCUAUAGACUUUAGCGUUAUUUAUUCCUAUUGAAUAUAACGUAGUUAUUGUAAGGUUUGUUAUAUAAAUAUACUUACUAAAAUAAUAAUAAAAUAUCCACUUGACGAUUGUAUCUCAAAACCAAUUAAUAAUUAGAUAUUUUAGCAAUUAAAAACUUUU